GGCUGCUCCUUGCUAUAGAAGACCUGGGACAGAGGACUGCUGUCUGCCCUCUCUGGUCACCCUGCCUAGCUAGAGGAUCUGUGACCCCAGCCAUGAGGACCCUCGCCAUCCUUGCUGCCAUUCUCCUGGUGGCCCUGCAGGCCCAGGCUGAGCCACUCCAGGCAAGAGCUGAUGAGGUUGCUGCAGCCCCGGAGCAGAUUCCAGCGGACAACCCAGAACUGGUUGUUUCCCUUGCAUGGGACGAAAGCUUGGCUCCAAAGCAUCCAGGCUCAAGGAAAAACAUGGCCUGCUAUUGCAGAAUACCAGCGUGCAUUGCAGGAGAACGUCGCUAUGGAACCUGCAUCUACCAGGGAAGACUCUGGGCAUUCUGCUGCUGAGCUUGCAGAAAAAGAAAAAUGAGCUCAAAAUUGGCUUUGAGAGCUAUAGGGAAUUGCUAUUACUCCUGUACCUUCUGCUCAAUUUCCUUUCCUCAUCCCAAAUAAAUGCCUUGUUACAAGA